GAGCCCGGAGUAGCUGCUGCGGUGCCCGCCCCCUUUCUUCGCCACUCCAGCGGAGCUGGUCUCCGGCCGGGCUCCGUCGCGGGCCUCCCUGGCCCGGCCACCUGAGACUGUGCUGGGGAGUCGGCCACUUCCCUCUCUCCCCUCGCCCGCAAAGUUUGUGGCGAAGCCGGCGCCGGGGCAGAGCGCGCCGCCAGAGGGAGACCGGGGAGCGUCCGAUGCCGGGCGGCGGGAGCCGUUGACCCGGGACGCCGCCGUCCGGGGCCGGAGCGCUGAGCAGCCGCCCACCCCGCCGCCUCCGGUGCAUGGGGCCUGGCUGAGGAGCCAGCAUGGGCAACUGCGUGGGGAGACAGCGCCAGGAGAGGCCGGCUGCCCCGGGACACCCCCGUAAGCGAGCAGGACGCAACGAGCCCCUGAAGAAGGAGCGGCUGAAGUGGAAGAGCGACUACCCCAUGACCGAUGGGCAGCUGCGGAGCAAACGGGAUGAAUUCUGGGACACGGCCCCUGCCUUCGAGGGCCGCAAGGAGAUCUGGGAUGCCCUCAAGGCCGCUGCCUACGCAGCUGAGGCCAAUGACCACGAGCUGGCACAGGCCAUCUUGGACGGAGCCAGCAUCACCCUGCCUCAUGGCACCCUCUGUGAAUGCUACGAUGAGCUGGGCAAUCGCUAUCAGCUGCCCAUCUAUUGCCUAUCACCACCCGUGAACCUGCUGCUGGAGCACACGGAGGAGGAGAGUGUGGAGCCCCCCGAGCCUGCUCCCAGCGUGCGCCGCGAGUUCCCACUCAAGGUGCGCCUCUCCACAGGCAAGGACGUGAGGCUUAGCGCCAGCCUACCCGACACAGUGGGCCAGCUGAAGAGGCAGCUGCACGCCCAGGAGGGCAUCGAGCCGUCCUGGCAGCGAUGGUUCUUCUCCGGGAAGCUGCUCACAGACCGCACGCGGCUCCAGGAAACCAAGAUCCAGAAAGAUUUUGUCAUCCAGGUCAUCAUCAACCAGCCCCCGCCGCCCCAGGAUUGAUGGGCCCACGAACCCCUGGGAAGAGAGGCCGAGGAGGGCCUCCGCGGGGUUGACAGGCCUCCCGCCUGGAGCACUAGGCCCCCCACCCAGCUGCUGCCUUCAAGUGGUGUUAUUUUCUUGGGGGGUGCCUCCCCACCGGAUGGCUGCUGGGCGAGCCAAGAAGUAACCCUGCCUCCCAGGGGCAUGUGGGCCACCAGUGCCCAGCACUCAGAAGCAGUGCUGCCACACACAGGCCUUGCCAACCUUGUCAGAGAAUAGGCGAACUGGGGCCCUCCACCCUGCCCCUCUCCCAAAGCAGGUUCGAGCCAUGAGGGUCGGCCUGGAGGCCCCCAGAGCCCAGACCUGUCAUCUGGUGCUGCCAGCUGUGCUCACUCCAGUUUUCUGCUCAGGGUCUGAAGCAGCUGCUGUCUCCUGCCCCUGCCCCCACCCCCGGACUCUGCCCUGGGCGCAGCGCCAAUCCCCUGGAGGGGAGGGGACCACAGUGGGUCCCAGGGUGCGGAGAGUCUGAGGCGGGCCUCUGCCUCUCCCUGCCCCCAGCACAAU